AUGCCAAGCUCUUCUAUUAAUAAGAUAAAUGUUGAUCAAUGGGUUCAAGAACACGAACCAGAAUUUCAACCUCCUGUUUGCAAUAAAUUAUUACAUAAUAAUCAAUUGACAAUAAUGUUUGUUGGUGGACCAAAUAUUCGUAAAGAUUAUCAUUUAGAAGAAGGCGAAGAAAUUUUCUAUCAGAUAAGAGGCGAUAUGUGUUUAAAAGUUCUUGAACAAAAUCGACAUCGUGAUAUUAUUAUUAAACAAGGAGAAAUCUUUCUUUUACCAGCAAAUAUACCUCAUUCACCAAAUCGUUUUGAAAACACUGUCGGAUUAGUUGUGGAAAGAAGACGAGGAGAACAUGAAUUGGAUUGUGUAAGAUAUUUUCAAGGUCAAUCAACAAAUCGUUUGUACGAAAGAUGGUUUCAUACCAUAAAUCUUGGCAUACAAUUGGGGCCCGUUAUAAAAGAGUUUUUUCAAUCUGAAGAAUAUCUUACUGGUCAACCAAAAGCGGAUAGUUAUCUUGAAAAUCCACCUGUACAAAAUGAUGAGAAAAUGAAAUUAGAUAAUCCAUUGUCGUUAGAUGAAUGGAUUGAUAAACAUGCAGAAGAACUUUCACUUGGUAAAUCAAUAAAUUUAUUUCGAGAUGGAUUUCAAACAAAAGUAUAUGUUAUCCCGAAAGGUCAACAUUUGAUUAAAUGUUCUAACGGUGAUGUUUGGUUAUGGCAACAUAAAGGACAUGCAACAGCUAAAAUAACUACCAAUGAUAAUGAAGAAUCAACUUUAAAUCUAGAACAAAUGGAUUCUGUUUAUUUGCAUGAUCACUGGACGUAA